UAAUCUUAGUAACAAUCUAGACGAUUGUAUAGUCUAGAUGUGCAGUCUGGAGAGUCCAGAGCUCAGAGUCAGUUCAAGUAAAACUAUUUAUCUAAAAUGCUCCUCAAUUUUUGAAUUCUUCCCGGACAAACAUCAUCCAGUUGAAUCGAACCCGAAUCCGAUGCGAAUGACUAAGAUAAUAGUCGCCCAUAAGAAGAAUGUACUGGAGAUGUUGCUGUCAGCAGCGACCAGCUCUUGCUUCUUGCAGCGGAAUUCUGCCUUCUUUCAUUCUAAAGUACCUUAUGCGCUCAUCAUGGUUAUCGCCCUCGACGCCGCCCGUCGUCCCACCUCCUCCCCCACCUUGAAUACCCGUUGGCGGGUGUUCAUAGUGGGGGAGGACGUGGGACGACGGGCGGCGUCGAGGCACAGGCACAUUAAGAGAAAACAGCUAUAAGGUGUUAAAUACAUACCCAUCCUAUUAGGAAAUACUAUAGGGCAAUUUGUACAAUAGGCAAAUAAUGCAUACAAUGAAGUUAUGUAUAUGCAUUAAAUUAUUCUUGAAGACUUUAGGAUUUCUUAACGUCGAAUAAUAAUGAAUUUAAAAUAAAUUGUAAAGUAAUGGGCACCUGA